CGUCAAUCAACCAUUCCAGUUUGCUCUUUCGGUGCCGAGUCCGCUAUUAUAUGUAGGCUCAACGUGGGGAGAGAAAAUCCCUCGGGCGCUGCACGCUCAGAGGUGAGAAGAAGGGAAAGGCAAAGCAGCGUCGAGAACUCCCGUCUCCGACCGAUUAUUGGUAGCCGCGUUAACCGCUCUCUCACUUCUGCUGAGGCGGCUCAGGAGCUGUAAACAAGCAGCAGCUGCGGAGGGGUUGCCAGGUGUCGACCGAAGGAAGGAAGGAAGAGGCGGGUUACCUUGGUAGCAUGGACAGCUGCAAGAUGUGGAGGUUUGGCGGUUUGAGAGUAAAUACUGUGGAAGGGCCGGCACCUGUCGGGACGUGGGGGCGUGUGGGGAGGGGAAGAGGAUGAGGCUCCUGACUGUAGCCUAAUAAGACUGAACGGAGUGACGGUAGACUAGCUGGACCUCCCGGUUCUGCGCGUUUCAUGGUCUCAGUCGGGUUGGCCGCCUCCCUUUGAGGCUGGUGCAGAAGCCUUCCUUCCUUCCUCUUUGCCUGAGGGUCAAUCGCUUUCCAACAACAACAGCUUUGCUGUAUGGAGUAAAUUCACGCAGGGGUCCUCCGGAUUUGGCGGUUUUAUUUUGCAAGCAGCGGGUUUGGGUCACACACUCGUGCUGCUGGCGCUCUUAAGGACACGUGCAAUGCGAUGAUGACGAGGACCGCUUGGUUGCGUUUUGAGACUAUGGUUCUUAAUGAAACAAUGAGGAGAAGGCUGGUCUGAAAUUUAAAUUGGUGGUGACCCACAGUUUUCAUUUGUUCAUCUUUGGAAUAGCUGCACUGCAUCUCACUCAGAGGAUCAUCUGAAGGGUGAAACUGGAAGGGGAAGAUCAGUCUGAAUCCUGAUUUUUUGGUGGGGGGGAUGGGAUGACCACAGAAAGCUUGAAAGAUGUCGGGAAAAAUUACAGGGGAUGGAGAUUCUGGAUGUUGUGAUAAUCUGACUCCUGAGGUGACAACUGAAUUUUCUGCUCGAAGGUCUGAUGCAAAGAGGGCAAGAAAUGCUGAGAGGAAAUUGAGGCUGUUCCUCUUUUUGAAAAGAAAAACUUCAGACAGAGCCAAUUUUAGGCUAACCACUGAUCGCGUACUUAAGUACAUUUCAGACAAAAAAAUCAUUAUAGCAGCUGUUAUUCUGAUCAUUGUUUUGAUUAUCGUUAUAAUUUCAUUGGCUGCUAAAGAGACAAAAACGUCUUGUCCAUCUUGUCAUUCCCUUGCAAGCCAAAGUGCUGCCUGCCCAGAUUUCUGGAUCGGAUACAGAGGAAAAUGUUUCUAUGUAUCAAAAGAUGAAAAGAAUUGGACUCUCAGUUUAAAGACCUGUUCUUCAUUUAAUGCCUCCUUGGCUGUGAUUGAUAGUCAGAAAGAAUUGGAAUUUUGGGUAAAAAUUUUCAAACCCUUCCAUUACUGGUUUGGUCUCUCAAGAGAAAACAAGAUCUGGAAAUGGUCUAAUGGCACAGAGUUUAAAAAUCAGUUUCCAGUGCGAGCAGAAGGCUUCUGUGCCUAUGUAAAUGAAAAAGGGGCCAGUAGUACCAUAUGCUCCAUGGAGAAACUUUUUCUUUGCAGCCAGCCAGAAAAUUGUAAGAAGCCUGGAUGAGAAAAUCUCAGCAAAAAAAUAAAUAAAAUGUAAAUAAAUAAAUAAAAAUGUAGAAAAA